UAACGUUCAUGUUUUUCAAAACAGUUGAGUUCACUUAGUGUGGUCAGCGCUCGUUCGCUGCAAAUUUCGCUUGUCCCUAUCCACGUCCGCAUUUAUCUUGAAUCUCACUAUCAAAACCAAUAUGGAGCUAACUGUCCUUACUUCCAUUGUGUCGGGGAGCAUUGGUGUUUUCGUUGGCUGGUGUAUCUUUCGUCGGCGUGGUAGCAAUGUCAGUCUAGCAUCAAAACUGACUCAUUACAAGCCUGUUCCUGGUAAAAUGAAACUAGUGUUAAUAGUACGGUCUGAUCUUAAAAUGGGUUGUGGAAAGAUUGCUGCUCAGUGUUCUCAUGCUGCUGUUUCUUGUUAUGAAGAGAUUAUUGAGAGAAAUCCCGGUAUUUUAAAGGCAUGGGAAGAACAAGGACAACCAAAAAUCGUACUUAAAGUCGACAACUAUGAAGAAAUGCUUGAACUAUCCCACAAAGCCGAGUCAUUGGGCCUUGUUAAUUCAAUUAUACAUGAUGCUGGCCAUACACAAGUUCCUAAAGGCACCGCAACUGUUCUUGGGAUAGGACCGGCUUUAGCUUCUGAAAUAAACCUUGUUUCCGGUGACUUAAAGCUGCUCUCUUAAGAUUAUUCCUGUAAACACUUACGACAUAUGCACCAGUGUAAAGUUGAAAUAUAAAAGAUUACUUUUGCUAAUUUUU